AUGAUUUCUGCACCGGGCAAAGCGUUCGAGGUCCCAGUUCCAUCUUCGGCGAUACCGCAACAACAAACACAGCCAGUAAAUUAUGACAGCUGCCUCGCGCUGGCUCGCGCGCAGCGCUAUGACGAUGCCGUUGGUUCUUUCGAGGCACUGCUCCGCCGUGAACCCGGGAACGAUAAAGCCUGGAUAAGUUAUGCGCAGGUACUAGCACUUUGCGAAUAUAUCGUGUCGGUAGCGGGCUCUCCCUUACGGCUAUCGGCAUCGCAGAUGAGCAAGAGGCGAUACAUGCAACAAGGAGCACAAAGCCUUGCUUACGAGGCUUGUGGCAAUGUACUCGACAGAGCUGUCUCUGCGAACCCACAAUCGGCUAAAAUCUGGCAGGCGCGAGGCCUUCUGGAGCUCCAGCAAGGCAACGCGUGUGAAGCGAGGGAGCUGCUUCAAAAGGCCGUUGCUCUUGAUAGAAGCCUUGCAGGUGUUCUGAAGUGGAAAAUAGUAGGGGAGGGCUCCGAUCAGCCUGGGGACGCGGAGGCCCUUUCACUACUUACCCCCUCGGGCGGCGUCGUGACGGUCGGCAACGUCAUCAGGGGCCGGUUUUGUUGGGAGCAGGCCCAGGCCCUGCUCCUUGCGCAAGAUCAGUUUGGGAAGGAGGGCUACAAGCUGAUGGUGGUGGCCAUUGGGAGCCCCGAGGGCGGCCGGCAGUUCUGUACGGCAUUGCCGUUCCCUCCCGAGCUGCUACUGCUGGAUCCGGAACCAAAGCUGUACCGCCACCUGAGUUGCAUGGAGGGUGUUAAGGCGCUGUUCUCACCGCAGGCAUGGGAGGCCAUGAAAUCCCGCAAGUGGGCGGACUUCAAGGUCGUUCUGCAGAAGUACAAGAUGAUCCCGCCCAAGAACGCGGAGAGCACGUCAGUGAUGGGCGGCGUGUGGGUUAUGAACGACGGAAAGGUGCUGUACAGUCACCGCGACGUGGGUCCUGGCGUGCAUGCGCCUAUGUCGGAAGUCCUUGCAGCCUGCCGGUCGGGUUCUGGCGCCAGCGCUGCUGCUACUGCGUCGCCGCCGCCGGCGGCGUCAUCGUAAUCGGCCACGCGCCGGGGUGCGGCCCCCACCACCUGCCGCUGCAAUCGCGCGCUUCUUGCGUCUCGACUGUAGUUAUGGCGGCUGGGGUGGGGGCUGCUCGACAGUAAAAAGGCAUGGAGAAGGUAGAAUGCGCAAGGCCGUCGCAAAUUUUGUGCCCUCUCCUUCUCGCUGCAUGAGGAUUAUGAUCGCGUCCAGCAAAGCCAAGAAUGACGUCGUAUGGAUGGGGAUCAGCCAGGCCGCUUUGGAAGAAGGCCGACAAGCCGCUGCCUUACAUCGCCCAACAUGAAGCUCGACCGAUGCCGAAAGCGUCUUCUGUGCCAAGCCUUGCAGCGUUUGUAGGGCGGGCGGCAUGUCUUGCCCCUGCUUCUCUCAAGCUGCGGGUUUUGGUCUGCAGGCUGGUGGGCUGAUAGGAACUGUUUCCAUGGGUAGACUGGGAGACGGCGUUUUCGUACGGCUUUCGCCGUACGAGGUGCUGUCUCCCAGGGAUGGUAUGGGAGGGCUUGCCGCACACACGCAAGUGCACGCCUUUAACGAAGGGGCCUGCUUGCUGGCCGUAUUCCUGAAUUUCUUGUCUCGUUCUGAUUUGAUGAUCUGACGUUUGUAAUACGACGAACGG